UCAAACUUAUAGAAACCGAAGUUUUUAACGUCCCUCCACAAAGUUGGGCAAAUUCUGUUAAACAUAUAGAAAAAGCAGAACAAUCGUAUAUCCAUAUUGCAAAUAAUAUAGAAAAAAUAAUUAUUAGAACAGGCUUUAUUGCAUAGGCGUCAACAGCUUUUACCAUGCUCUUACCACUUAGCUUAGUCUCCAUAAUCUUCUUUAGUCGCUCUUUAAAGUUGUUGGUGAUCGUUGGUUUCGAUUCUUUUCGAUCGAUUCCUCCUGCUUUCUGGUAUCCUAGGUAUUUGUAUAGUUCAUCCCGUUCCGUUCCUUGUAUGUGCCCUUCUUGCUCUCCUAGUUUCACUCCUUGGUGUCUCCUCCAUUUCCCUAUUUCCCAAACGUUAUGCCAAUAUCUGAACUAAAUUCCCGUAUUAAUUUUAUGUUUCUUUUCAGGUCUUCAUCAGAGGUAGCGUAUACUUUGAGAUCAUCCAUGUAAAGAAGACAGGUAAGUACGGCGUCGUUCUCUAGCUUUUAAUAUUAUUAUCGUAGUAGUGAGGAAAUGGCGCUAAUUUUGCUACUCGAAGAGUCGCAUCACGAUCUAGGCUUAAUGUAUUUAAUUUCAGAACGACGAUAACUCAACUUUAAAACAUUUCUCUGGUAGGAAAAAACCGCGAGGUCCAGACAGGCGCGUGAUCCCGACAAAUCGAGACAUUUAAUUCUUUCAAACACAGUAUUUUACUCGAAAUUUGUCAUUACGCGCGAGUUGCGUCGCGCAUUAUCUGUCGGCGUGAUAAAAAUUUAAAGUUCAAACACGGGACGUCACGCGAGAACUCCUUUAACACAUUUCGGCCGUUAAUCCGCGUCUGAAACCGCGACAAUGCAAAAUCAACAAGUUUGCCGGUUCGGUAUUCAUUGUUUUUGGAUUGUGGACAUGGCUUCGAGCAAAUCUGUAAUAAUACAGAUAGAACGGUGUCUAAACAGGAAAAAGCAAAAAGUAAAUCGGGAGACAGAUAUAAAAGCCGAACGCUCGACGCAAAGGGGACAAUUCGGUCGAGAAUUUUGCCACGCAUAGACUUUUUUCAUUCAUUUCGUAUUUAUGUAGGAAGUCUCGUUUGUUAUCAUUUUCGUACCGUGGCAAAGUUGCGUCGUAUAAUAUGGAAAAGCAAAACAUCAACUACUUCAUCUACUUCGUGGUGGUGGCAGUCAACCUAAUAACCAUGGCCGCGGGAGCCGCGUUCACCUGGGCAUCGCCCGUUCUACCCAAGCUCAGGGACCACGACAGCACCGUAAACCCACUCGGUGAGCCCUUGACGAACUUCGAAGAAUCGUGGAUAGCCUCCAUCAUGAUGAUGGGUGCGUUUACCGGCCCCUUCGCCGCCGGGAUGCUUUCCGAGAAACUUGGAAAGAAAAAAGCCCUCCUCAUCUUCGGGUUGCCGAUGACCGCGUCCCACCUGAUCUGCGCCUUCGCCACCACCCCCAACCUAUUCCUAGUCGCCAGGUUUCUGAUCGGUAUCGGCGUAGGCGGAGUAUUCAGCGUCAUACCGAGUUACGUGGGCGAGAUAUCGGAAGACAACAACAGGGGAGUGUUCGGGAGCAUGCUGGGGCUCAUCGCCGCCUUCGGCCAAAUAUGUUGCUAUGCGGUCGGACCUUUGGUUUCCGUGCGAUGGUUCAGCCUCAUCAACCUAAUACCCUUGGCGCUUUUCUACGUUUUGUUCGGGGUUUUCGUGCCCGGAAGUCCCUACGAUUUAGUACGGCGAAAUGACCAGACGGAGGCGGAAAGAAGCCUCACGAAACUGAGACGGAGGACGGGCGCUCAGGUGCAAAAGGAGCUCAUUUACAUUACGGAAACCGUGGAGACGGACUCCGAGAACCGGGGGAGUAUCUCGGACCUGUUUACCAACAAAUCGGUGUCGAAGGCCAUAAUAAUAUGCUGCGGGCUGAUGGUUUUCCAGCAGUGUUCCGGGAUCUGCGCCGUCCUCGCCUACAUGCAAUCGAUUUUCGAAGUGUCCGGCGCGUCGAUAUCGCCCUUCGACGCGACCAUCAUCAUCUCGACGAUCUCCAUGCUUACCAACUUCGCCAGCUCCAUGCUAAUAGACAGGAUGGGCAGGAAACUACUGCUGGCUAUAUCCUCCUUAAUAGCCGCCCUCUGCAUGUUAACGUUAGGCUUGUACUUCUUCCUCAGAUCCGCGGGACGGGACACAACCUACAUCUCCUGGCUGCCCAUUAUGUCCCUUAUCGCGUUUAUGGUCGCCUUUAACCUCGGUUUCGCCAACAUCCCGUGGAUUUUCUUGGGCGAAUUGUUCCCGUCGAACGUGAAGUCGUCGGCGUCCACGCUGACGGCUUCCGUAUGCUUCAGUCUGUCCUUCCUAAUCACCAUUUGUUUCCCGUUUUUGAGCGCGAGUCUCGGGGAGGCCGGCAGUUUUUGGAUUUUCGGGGGCGUUUUGGUGAUCGGCCACGCGUUCAUCCUGACCGUCGUGCCCGAAACGAAAGGCAAGAGUUUCAAGGAGAUCCAGGACAUGUUGAGCGGCACGCAGAAGCAAAUCGGCGUCUGAUAACAUCGCGCACGAUUGUGUAGCCCAUAAAUGACAUAUUGACUUUUCGUAAACCCGCGAGACAACAUAUUUUUUAAGCACCUAAAUAAAACAAGGCCCGGUGAAAAUAAUUUUUUCUGUACCGAUUGAUUCGUAUGGUAUCGAUUGUGGGAUAAAUUAUUAUUUAUAAGCAUGACAAA